UCCGGGCCGCUCGGUGCUCGGUGCCAUGGCGGCCCUGCGCUCGGACCCCGAGCUGGCCCGGCAGCUUUUCUUCGAGGGCGCGGCCGUGGUGGUGCUGGACGUGCCCGAGGGCACCGAGUUCGGCAUCGACUACAGCGCGUGGGCCGUGGGGCCGCGGUUCCGCGGCGUGAAGAUGGUGCCGCCGGGGCUGCACUUCGUGCACUGCAGCGCGGCCGGCGGCGGCGGGCGGGACGCGGGGCCGCGCUCCGGCCGCUUCCUCAGCCUGCGGCGCCGCGAGGUGCGGGUGCUGCGCUGGGACCCCGCGGGCGAGGCCGUGCGGCCCGAGCCGCCCGAGCAGGGCGAGGCGCUGCGGGACAGCCUGCGGGAGCUGGACCCCUUCCUGGGGCCCUACCCCUACGAGACGCUGAAGAAGUGGGUGUCGCUGAGCAACUUCAUCAGCGAGGCGGCGGCCGAGGAGCUGCAGCCCGAGAGCGGCCUGAUCUGCGCCUUCGCCGAGGUACUGCCCGAGGCGGCGGGGCGGCACACGCGGGACCGCGCCGGGCAGUGCCGGCCGCCGCUGGGCGCCGAGUGCCGCAGCUACGCCGAGGGCCUGGCCCGGCUGCCCCGCAUGCGGCCGCAGGCCGGCACCCAGAUCCGCUUCUCCGAGCUGCCCCGGCAGGCCUUCCCCGACGGGGCCACCCCCGAGGAGAUCACCCGGCACAGCAUGGACCUGAGCUACGCCCUGCAGCGGGUGAUGGAGCAGCGCUACCCCGGCCAGCCCCUGGGCCUGCUCGCUGAGUUGCAGUUUGCCUUCAUCUGUUUCCUGAUUGGGAACGUGUAUGAUGCCUUUGAGCACUGGAAGAGGCUCCUGAACAUCCUGUGCCGCUCAGAGGAGGCUAUGGGGAAGUACCAGGACCUUUACAUCAACCUCAUUUCCGUGCUCUAUCACCAGCUCAACGAGAUCCCAGCAGAUUUUUUUGUGGACAUUGUCUCCCAGGACAACUUUUUAACCAGCACCUUACAGGUGCUGUUCUCCUGCACAUGCAGCUCUGCUGUGGAUGAGGCUCUGAGGAACAAGGCUGAGAAGUUCAAGGCUCACCUGACAAAGAAAUUCAGAUGGGACUUUGAGGCAGAGCCUGAUGACUGUGCCCCUGUGGUGGUCGAGCUGCCUGAGGGUGUGCAGGUGGACUGAGCCAAAGGGCCCCUUAGAAGCAAACAGCUUCUAAAAUGUCCCUUCCUUCUCUUCUCCAACUCUGCCAGCUUCUUGAGGGCUGUGUCUGAAGCUGAUCCUCUUUCUGCUGGAGAAGCAGGUGUGGGAAACCCAGGAGGAUGCCGAGCUUUGUGAGGAGCCCAGAGGUGUUGGAGGAGUUUGAGUGCAGCUUUGGACACGCUGGGGUUUUCCCAGCCCUCCUGCAGUGUCUCCUCCUAGAACACAAGCCACAAACAGAGUCACAGAAUCAUUAAAGUUCCAAAAGACCUUCUGGAUAUCAUGGAGUUCAACCCUAAACCUGACACUGCCACACUCUCCUGCACUCAGCUGUCCUCUCAUCCCUGCUCCCCUCCUGCUGGGCUGGAGCUCAUGCCCUGCUUGGGGAGCAGCUCUGCCUUAGGGGUGUGCCUUGGUUUGAACAGCCAGGUGUCUGCUGAGGAAGGCAGGAGCCUCCCCUGAAAUGGAAAAUAUAAACCCCCUUCCUCUGAAUUGUCACAGGGCAAAGAUAUUGGAAUAGGAAUAACAGUCCUUUAGUAGGAAAACUAAAAAUACAAAUGCAA